AUGUCAGACGACGUGGUGGAAGAACUACAGCGGUACAAAGAACAGACCAAAGUAGAUGGUGAGACCUUGGUACGAACGGUUUUCCCCAAACGCGUGUUUGAAAUGCGGGAGCUUCUUGCCUCGAGUCUUUUCAACUUUGAGCCUGCCAAUGUCUAUCAAAAAGUCAAUUUACCUGUGCCUCUAACUGGGGAACAGAAUGGUGUUCCGGCAGCAGGGGCAGGCUUACAUCCGGAUGGCGAUUGCACGAUCCAAAAACCUCUCACUGGGUCGCCUGUCUUUACUUUUCCUGGCGGCGUAGUGUCCCACAACACUCAUAUCAAAGCCAUGAUUGAGGCUACAAAACCUCAUCUAACACAACUGAUGGUGGAAGCCCAACUUGUGCGGAUGUGGAUCCAAUUCAACGUUCCGCGCAUAGAAGAUGGCAAUAACUUCGGCGUUAGCAUCCAGGAAGACGUUCUUUCUGAGGUCUCGGGUAUCGAACGCGACGCCCUUACUUUUCUGGAUCAGUUCACUAGGUACUACGCCUCACGCGGUAAGCUGGUGGGGAAGGCGGCCAAGUUUCCGCACAUCGAUGACUACCGUGAAUGCAUCCGGGACAUGGACGAGAAGCAAGCGAUUUCAAUGCGUUACGUCAUCAUGGAGAUCCGCAAUCAUUAUGCAGUGCUGCAUGAUUUGAUAGUGAAGAACUUGGACCGAAUUAAGGUGCCGCGUUCUAAUAACACAAUGACCAUGUAUUAG